GAGCACUCAAAUGCCUCUCCGCCUGGCCGGGCCGGGGGAGGGCGGUUAACCCUGCCCACUGUUGUUUAGGGUGUGCGUAUGUUUUUGUGACUGUUUACAUUUGGUUUGUACACCCCUGUAGUCACACCUGGUUAACAGUCGGCGAAUAUGUUACAUUCCACACACACAUAUGCGCGGAUUGCGGCACACUCCGCAGGCAUUUGUAUCGCGACUGGAACAGAGCUGUGGGCUGAGGAAUUUUUCCUGGCCGAUGGGAUGGGAUUUCUCGCACAGGGCUUUGCUCGUCAGUCGGGUCUCUGAAUGCGGAGCGGAGAGGAUGGGUAUUCCGCACCGGCCGCUCGCCGCUUGCGUGCUGCUGCUCUCGCUGCUCCGGCUGGCGGCUGGAGACGGUUCGCAGUCCCCGACUGAUCACAAGAGCCCGCCGGCGCCCGGCGCUCACCACGGCCCCCUGGCCCGGCACUUCGGCAAGGCUCGGCUGCUGGUGAUCGCCGCUCCCGGUCCCCGGGACACGUCCUACCGACUGAUGGAGAGGCAGGUGGACCUCAAAAACAGAGCGCUGAGGUGCGAGCUGGCGCUGAGGGACCUCCUGGUUCUAGUUCUGUUCCAGGGCAGCCGGCCGGCCCAGGGCAAGUUGCUGAGAGUGUCCCAGGAAGGUAAGGUGCUGGAGGAGAGGCUGAGGCCGGAGGUGGUGAAGCAGGUCAGCCAACGUCUGUCUUUGGAGCCUUCUCGCUUCGGUAUGGUGCUGCUCCGGAAGUCGCUGCAGGUCUACGAGAGGUUCCCGUACGCGGUGAGGAUGCAGGCGGUGCUGGAGACCGUGGACCAGAUGCCCCUCAGGAAGGUGGAGAGUUUGACCAGGAGAGCGCAGAAGCAGAAAUGCAUCGGGUUCCGGGCCCGGAGACCCUCAGGGCAGGUCCCCGCCGGUAGGAAUUUGGCCAACGGGACCUCACCCAUUGGGACCCUCCCUAAUAGGCCAGUAGCCAACGGGACGUCUUCCAUUGGGACAGUGCUCACCCGGACUGUGCCCAGAGGUUCUCAAUCAAAUGCCCGGCUAAGACCAGGUUUGCCCAACUCACGGAAGCACUUUCGGUCUCCGAACGGAAGGUACCCGGAGACGCCCGGAGCACCGGCUGUGGGAGGGCGGAGGCAGAAAGCUCUGAGCUCGAAACGGGGCUCCGCUAGGGCGAGGAAAGCCAAGUCACCUCGGAACCUGGCUGGCCCGGGGCAGGAGACUGUGAAACAGCUGAUGGGGCAGAUCGAGAAGAAGGUGAUGCUGAGGAAGACAGCCAACGCCAGGCAGCCCCUCCCGAGCGCGCCCAACGCCGACCACACACAUGGGACCCCAACCGCGGCUGCUCUUCCUGACCUGGAACCCCCUGCCCCUGCAGUCCAGCGACUGGACGGGGGCAGCUCUGAAGGGUUCACGGUUCUAGCCUCCAAUUCUGAUACAGCAGGAUCUCAGUACGGCCAACGCCAGGUCACUGAGGAGCCCAUCCCCCGGACCACCCAGGUUCCCACCAGCAGCCCACCGGAGCGGCGGCCAACACCGGCUUCCAAUGCCAAGCGCUCGCAGACGAGGAGGGGGCAGAGCGCGUCCCAGCCCAACAGAGUCUCCGCUCCCGGAGAGGGGAACGGGGACCGUCCCCGGCCGACGGGCUCGGGCCAGACAGCCCCGCCGACCGCUCGUGCCAAAGCCGGGAAGGUGAAGGGCAGGGACAGAGAGAACUCGGGAAAAGGUAGCAGAGGCAAGGGCCGGAAGAACAGGAAGAAUCGGAAGAACAAGAAGGGGUCCAGGGGCUCGAAGCGGGGUGGCAGCCAGGAUUUCCUAGAGCAGUUCCGCAACAAGAGGAGGCUCUUGGUGAUUACUGCACCCAGCGCAGACAGCCGGCUCUAUAUUCAGCAGAGGGAUGAGUACCUGGAGCACGUGUGUCAGCUGGCACUCCGGCGGAUCAGUGUGAUCAUCAUCCUGGGAUCACUGUCCAACAGCACCCUGACCGUGGAACACUACCAGACCGAGAAUGAAAAAGCCCUGGAUGAUCCCGUGACUGAACCUGUCAGCGAUGAGGUGAUCACAGAGCUCAGGAAAGAUUUCGGCAUGACCUUUGAUGAAUUCUUUAUGGUGCUGGUGGAUUACAACAUGAAAGUGAAGCAAUACUUUGAUGUCCCCAUUCCUAUCAAAGUUCUGGUGAAUUACAUGGACACGUUGCCCUCCAGGCUACCAGAGAUUGAACAGGAGAAGAAGACUGGUGUCACCUGCCUCAACUAUCAAGGUCAGGUUAACAUCAACAGAUUCCUCUUCAGGUUGCAGUGGAAGCGAAGGCUGCUGAUAAUUUCAGCUCCUGACGAGGAAGAAUGGAUGUUCCAGCAGCAGAUGUCGGCUGUCACCGGCCAGGACUGCCACUUGGGGAUUCGCCACUUUGCUCUGUUGAAGUUGACAGGAACAGGGGAAGAUACCUCAGGAACGCUGGAGCUGUUUCCUCCCAGUGGGAGAUCCCAAGUGGAAAAGGAGAAACUUUCCUCGCUGGUGGUAAAUGGCCUGCGUGAACACUUCCAGGUCAGUGAGGAGCACUUUAUGAUGCUGCUAAUCGGCAAAGAUGGCACCAUACUCUCCUGGUACCUGUCUCCUGUGUGGUCGCUGGCGACUAUUUACGAGCUGGUGGACUCGGUGCAGCUCAGACAGGAGGAGGUGCAGAUUCAGGAGUCGUUGGGUAUCAGUUGCCAGGACCAUGAAGACUCCCCACACUACUGAGGCCUGAGGCCCUCCUCGACAUCCACAGCAACUGAGGUUAAUGGACGAGAUUCUGAUCAUGGUUUUGAAGCAUCCUGUUACAAACUCUGUUUAAUUAUAUCAGGAAAUGUGCAUUGGACACUUCACCAACGUUAAUCCGCACUUUGUACUUCUUAGGACGAUGCCUGUGUUGUAGUAACCAGUAUAACGUACUAAACUCUUCAUGUUAAAUGUUUUUCUGUUUUAAAGGUGCAAGCCACAAAACCCUAUCCUACAGUUGAAAGGGUCUUGUAUCUCUCACUAGACUGUAUGACACAGGAGCAGAAUUGGCUAUUCGGAGUCUGCUCCAUCAUUACAUCAUGGCUGAUUUAUUAUCCCUCUCAACCCCAUAACUUUUGAUGCCCUUUCUAAUUAAAUAUCUACAAAUAUUUGUUCCAAAUAUACCAAAUGUCUUAUCUCCAGCUGUCUGUGCCAAUGAAUUCCACAAAUUUACCACUCUCCGGCUGAAAAAAAUUCCUCCUCAUCUACAUUCUAGAGUGGGGUACCCAACCUUUUUAUGCCGUGGACCAAUACCAUUAAGCAAGGGGUCCAUGGAUCCCAGGAUGGGAACCCCUGCCUUAGGAGGAUGAUCCACCAGCUUUGGAGAGAAUGUACAUUACAUUGCAACUUUGCCAGAAUCAUACAGGGUUUUAAAAGAUUAAAUCUCGAUUCCUUUCAAUUAUUGAGGAAUUUCAUUCAAGACAUUAACAACAGCAGCAACUCAUUGUUACCGAUAAACUUCUCAGAUAUUGUGAAAAAUGAGUCUUGAAAUCUGAAAUUGCUUCUUUAAUGAAAUCAGGAAACAAGGGGUGCCGGGAAUCUCAAACUCGAUUCCAAGUGUGAUUGAAAAUUUCUGGAUUCGGAAAAGAGGUUUUUGUUGGGUGGUCUCGUCUAGCAAGAGAGAGGUAAGAUAAACAAAUGAGCUGAGAUACAAUGGUGUGACAGACUCAAAUGGCUGAAUCCAAGACAUAGGAUCUGCGGGGAAAUAUCCACUAAUCCUAUCUUUUAAUGGGGGGCGGGGAAGGUUAUGUGAAACUUAGGAAAGUUUGGGAAAGCUGCAGUCAUCACUAACAUCAGGGAAAUACAGACCAAGAGAAGCUUGUUGGCAUGAAAGGCCAGAAGCAGCUGCCUCUCACAUCUCCUGUUUUCACCCAUGUCUGGUGUGAGAGCACAACCUCAGCAUGGAGGAAUGUCCCUUUAGAACUGGGAUUUCCAACCUUGGGUCCCAUGGUCAUUAUACACAGCAACAAACACAAAACAUUGAAGAAACUCAGUAAGUCAGGCAGCAGCUAUGGUGGGGAAUAAACGGUCAACAUAUUGGGCCAAGACCCUUUAUCGGGAUGAGGAAGGAAGGGGAAAUAACCAGGUUAAGAUGGUGGGGGGAGAGGAAGGAUUACAAGUUGGCAAAUAUUAGAUGAGGGGAAGGUGGGCGGGUAACCUGCUAAGUUCCUCCAGCACAUUUUUGUGCAUGUUGCUCAAGAUUUCCAGCUUUACUGCCUGGUGGCUCAUGGCUGAUCGUGUAAAUCCCUUAUUUUGUUCUAAUAUCUGAAGAGGUAAUUUAAGGAAUUAGUGAAAGAGUGCAAGUUAACACAAGGGAAAAGAUGACUGCAUGGCAAGUUGUGUUGAUCUGGAGGACAUUAUAGAGAAAGAUUAGCUUUAUUUGUGCAUUGAAACAUACAGUGAAAUGUGUUUGUGUCAGUGACCCACAGAGUUCAAGGAUGUGCUGGUGUCAGCCCACAAGUGCCGCCAUGCUUCUAGCACCAACAUAGCAUGCUCACAACUUCCUAACUCUAAACUGUAUGUCUUUGUAAUGUGGAGGUAACUGGAGCACCCAGAGGAAACCCAUGGAGUCCCAGGGAGACGUACAAACUCCUUACUCUCAAUGGUGGGAAUUCAGCCUGGGUUGCUGGCACUGUAAAGCAUUAAGAUAACCACUUCUCUACCAUGCAUUAGCCUCUGGAAAAGAAUUGGACAAAUAUCUGCAAGGGAAGCUUUUUUAAUGGGUCAUAGAAGGAAGAGACAUUAUUCGUCAGCUCUUUCAAAGUGCUAGGCUGAAUGAGCAGAGUCAACAUGUGAUACUUAUCACACACACACAUAAAACGCUGGAAGAACUCAGCAUGUCAGGCAGCAUCUAGGGAGGAGACUAACCAGUCAAUAUCAAAAUUUCAACCCAUCCACCUCCUCCCUCAUCUGGUCUCACCUAUCAGCCGCCAGCUUGUACUCCUUCCCCUCUUCCAUCACCUUCUUAUCCAACUUCUGCCC